AUGUCUAGUAAUACACAACCGACUUUAUGGAAAACGGAACAUACAGUACCUGGAAGACCUGUUUUCGGUGCUCAACAUCCGCCACUUUCCUCGAAACUUUCAAACAAGAAGCCAAUUGGAACGAAUCCAUCAAUGUCAAAGAAAAAAGAUCAAGAAAAAUUUCAUGAAUAUGCAAUAAAUACAGAUGAUGCUUGGGAAAUAGAUGAUGGAACAAUGUCUUUAAAACUAAUCGAUAAUGAUAAUAAUAAUAAUGGAAAUGACGAUGAUUAUCAAACACAAUUAUUAAGCAUUUCAAAACAGGCAGUUGAUGAAGUUGCAUCAAAAGUUAUACAAGAACAUAAAUCGAAAAGUCAAUCAAAUAAAAUUACACUUGAUGCAUCGGCUGUACGAAGACCAGUUAAAACAGCAAAUAUAAGUUUAACAACAUGUCCAGGUAUUGGACGACGAAUUGGUGAUUAUCCAAAUAUAAAACCAUUAGUGCCUAUUCGAUAUGCAACUACUACUGCUAACAAUAAUUCGAAUUCUUCUCUUACUACAAGUAAUACAAGAUCGAAUUUAGUAACAAAAUCUGAUAUUGAUAUUCAAAAAGAAAAUAAAUUUAAACAAAUUUUCGAACAAAGCAAUAUUGAUCUCAAUGAACUUCGUAAAGCAAGUUGGAAUGGUAUUCCAAAGCAAUAUCGAGCACAAGCAUGGAAAUUACUUUGUGGUUAUUUACCACCAAAAGUUGAACGACGAGAAGAUACAUUAACAAGAAAACGUGAUGAAUAUUGGUGUUAUGUUAGUCAGUAUUAUCAUACACGUACUGAAAGUGAACAUCAAGAUACAUUUCGACAGAUUCAUAUAGACAUUCCACGAAUGAAUCCAUUAAUGCCAAUAUUUCAACAAACAGUUGUGCAAGAACUAUUUGAACGUAUUUUAUUUAUAUGGGCAAUUCGUCAUCCAGCUAGUGGUUAUGUUCAAGGUAUUAAUGAUCUUGUUACACCAUUUUUUGUUGUUUUUCUUUCUGAAUUUAUUGAAAAUGAUUUUGAAAUUGAAAAUUUUGAUAUUAGUUCAUUACCAGAAACAAAUCGAAAAAUUGUUGAAGCUGAUAGUUAUUGGGCUACAUCACAUUUACUCGAAGGUAUUCAAGAUAAUUAUACAUUUGCUCAACCCGGUAUACAAUAUAAAGUUCGAACACUUGAAGAACUUGUUAAACGUAUUGAUGAACCAUUAUAUCGACAUUUAAAAAAUCAACAUAUCGAAUUUUUACAAUUUGCUUUUCGUUGGAUGAAUAAUUUACUUAUGCGUGAGUUACCUGUACGUUGUACAAUUCGUCUUUGGGAUACAUAUCUUUCUGAACAAAAUGGAUUUUCACAAUUUCAUUUGUAUAUAUGUGCAUCAUUUCUUGUUCGUUUUUCAAAAGACCUUUUACGUGAAAAAGAUUUUCAGGGUAUUUUACUUCUUCUACAAAAUUUACCAACACAUUCAUGGACAAGUAAUGAUAUAAGUAUAUUAACAGCUGAAGCAUAUCAAUUAAAAGUUAUGUUUGCAAAUGCACCACGACAUUUAUCAAGCUAG